CGUGCUCCUGGCCGCCCCCUCACCAGGCCACCACCGCGCCCUUCUUCCACCGGCACUCUGCCUCUGCUCGUGGUCCUCCUCGUCGGCGUGGUGCGGAGAUCCAUCCCAUCCAUCCGGACUCGGAUCGAUUCCUGCUUUCGCUGGUAAGGAAGAUCGCCACCUUGCUCGGAUCGAUGGAUCGUCCUUCUUGUUCUGUGGAAUCUUUCCGCUGCUGCGAGCCCUCAAGUCUUUCGCUCUGACGCUCGGUCGUCCUCCCCCAGCCGGCCGCCGCACUCCCGCAGAUGCCCAAGGAGCGCUCGGAGCACCCGCUUUCGUAGUUCCCUUGCCUUGCCUUGCGCCGGCGGUGCCCAUAGAUCCAUCGACGCCGUCUCCAGCAGCGAGCCUCCGAUCCCCGGCAGCGCGCGAAGCAGCGGCGGCGGCGCGCUCUUUCUUCCCCAUCUUGCACUUCUGUCGCGUCUCCUCUCGUCUCGUUGUGAAGACUCCAGGCCAGAAUGGCAAUGACUUGGACAAGAGGGUUAGGGCAUGGCGUUGUUCUGAGGCAUGCGGCUCAAUUGGUAGAGAGUAGAGGCCUUGCAAUUGCAAGCAAGGCAAAGAAGGGUGGAAAAGGUGGUGCAGCUGAUGCUGCCAAAACUCCUGCACUCACCAAAGAGCUUAAGAGUACAACAGUGUUUGGGGCAAAUAUCCUCAAGGAGGGUUCUGAUCCGAAAAUUCAACCAGAUUCUGAGUACCCCGACUGGCUGUGGCACCUGCUUGACAAGCGUCCUGUGCUAAGUGAGCUGCGGAGGAAAGAUCCCAAAACACUCCCUUAUGAAGACCUAAAACGUUUCGUCAAGUUGGACAACCGAUCUCGGAUCAAGGAAAACAAUGCUCUCACUGCUAAGAACUGACCUGGAGAGUCCCAAGAUAGUAACAACAAGACCUAUCUUAUUGUCUGUUUUUAUUCAGAUAUUUACUAUAGGACAUGAUGUUUUGGUAAUAACAUAGUGACUUGGAACAUUAAAAUGUUUGGAGCUGCUUGGCUUGGUGCUAUUAUAGGCAGCUUGUGGCACCAUCAUGCUUCUGCUUUGUCUUGCCAAGAUGUAGCUUCUGCUUUUCAUGUCCAGUGCUGUAGCAAAUUUCAAGUUCCAUGGUUCUGCGAGAUUAUCAGGGAAUCCAA